AUUUAAAACCUAAGACAGGUUUGUUUUUCUAGCGGGUUCAUCCUGAUAAAGUCUUUCUCCCGUUUUGCACAUGAAAGAGUCGUCUGCUCACGAGUUAGCCUGGAGGUGUACUGGUCUGAGGAGCCCCCCUCCGCCUGCGAGACCCUCUUUUGUAAGUCAACGGCUCUGUCCAGCUGCAGUCUGCCUGAGGGGGACUUUUGCUCACGGUUGAACGUUUUCACAGCCAGAAGAGAAAAUAUUAACGGGGCACGGUAAGAGGUAACGUUAAGGUCCAGCUGACUUAAAAAAGCUCUGGAGAAGUUACAGUCUUAAAAAAGGCUCUUGAAGGUGAAGGGUGUGGGUGGAUACCGCCGGCAGCACCUCUUUACGAUACUUCAUCACCACUGUUUAGUUUGAGCAAACAUUUACACACUCCUGCUUUCUCUUUCCCCCUCUCUCUCUCUCGCUCUGUGUACCAGUUAUUCAGCUUUCCCAGAUAAUAAUCUUUCAACCUUUCAAAAAUAAUCUCCCAGCAUUAUUCAUCCGUGGGGUGAUUUAUGGAUAUUUUAUGGAUAUUAUGGGUCACGCUCCAGAUCUCCCGUGUGUCCCCACAUGGCCGGCCUUCCUCCUGUGGCAUAUGAGUUGAAAUCGGGCCUACGACAAACACACCCUGAGAUCUCUGAGUCUCUCAGCUCAUCCUGACACAUUUGGACUAAAGUUGGCCUCUUUGUGUCGCCGUACAUCCGGACACCUCUCUCCCGUAGAUGAUUAUUUGCGAUGUCUGGGACAUGUUUCUUCGAUCACUUUCAUUUUCCUCAAGCACUCAAGCUGCUGUAUGCAAACAGCGUGCUAAUCCUCUAACAUUGUGGAGAGUCGGUCAAGAGUAAAAAACCUCUCAUGAUGAAAGUGUGACUGAGCUUGAGUUCCCUCCCCUCGUGGGUCUGAACUGUAAACGGCAUCACCUCAUUUGAGAUCAGAUUUAAUCCUCUGGUCUCAAGAAGUUCUGUCAUUUAUAGUCACAGAGUUUGAAGAUCUUCCCAGUUACAGCUAUUCUUUGGAAAACAAAAUUCAGGGUUUCCCCCCCACAGCUUCUCCAGGCUGUUAAGACUCGCUCAGGUGUUGUGUUGACUUAUGAGCUCUCCAUCUGAAUAACUGCCUCCAGUCAUUAUUCAGUAUGCACUCAGAGCAGCCUCCCUCGUUGGGGACACACCCUUACCUUCAGAAGUGAUAUGUCACGAAGGCACCGUGGCCCAAAUCAGUUUCGCUGCUCAGGGCCAGAAGUCAAACAGUGUUUUGCAGUCGGCGAGUGGACAAGAAGGGAGACCACAGCAGCACAUCCUCACCUGAGGGCCAAACCGGUCAAGAGUCUCCACAGCACCUUGACGUCAGAUCAAGGAGGGAGCAGUUCAGGAGAAGAGCCUCCGCGUUGGAAACACCAACAAGCAAACCUGAGCAUGGGGAGUCCGGCCUACGCUGCACACUCGCCUCUUUACAUCAGCCACCCCCAUCACAUCGACACCAGGGCGGCCUGGCUGGAUGAGGUGGAGGACGUCAAACCGCCCCGCAGCUUGUUUGGGCUGCCUGAGCUCAGCUGGCCGGGGGUCUACCUCCCCUGCUACGAGAGGUUAGCUACAGAGGAGAACCCCUGGGUGCUCAGGAUGAUAGGAACCCCGACUCCACCCGCUGCUCUUCCCUCCAGGACUCCAGAGCCGAGUCCACCCAAGCCCAGCCAAACCCAGGAUCCCCGGUCCGAGAUGGAGGGUCAGGUGGAGGAGCGCUGUCUGGAGCAGGUCCAGACGAUGGUGGUGGGAGAAGUGCUGAAGGACAUCGACACGGCUUGCAAACUGCUCAACAUUGUGUCAGACCCGUUAGACUGGAGCUGUGUGGACGUUCAGAAGUGGCUCCUCUGGACCGAGCACCUGUACAAGCUGCCGCAGGUCAGCACCAUGUUCCAGCAGCUGUCCGGCAGGGAUCUGUGCUCCAUGACAGAAGCAGACUUCAAACGCUCGUCGCAGUUUGGAGACGUGCUGUACGCCCACCUGGACAUCUGGAGAUCUGCUGCAGCAAUGAAGGAGCGCUGCCCACCAGAAGACAGCAAAUCUGCAGCCGAUGAUGACUCCUGGCCUGACGUGAUCUGUAAAUAUCCCAACCAGCCCAUCCACCUGUGGCAGUUCCUCCGAGAGCUGCUCCUGAAGCCCCACAGCUACAGCCGCUGCAUCCGCUGGGUCAACAAAGAGAAAGGCAUUUUCAAAAUAGAAGACUCGGCUCAUGUGGCCAGGCUGUGGGGCAUCAGGAAGAACCGCCCGGCGAUGAACUACGACAAACUGAGUCGCUCUAUACGCCAGUACUACAAGAAAGGCAUCAUUCGGAAGCCAGACGUGUCACGCAGACUCGUCUACCAGUUUGUCAACCCUGUAUGAGGAGGAGGAUCGGCCGAUUCGAAGAGGAACCAAAGAUAUGCUGGACAUACUGUAAAGUAGAGGAAGUGACGUGAACUCUGGAGCUCGUUUCUUGUUUUCUGAUGUUUAAUUUCCAUGUUAAGACUGCCUACCGACCUAUGCACUCCUGCCUAUCAUAGCAUCCCUCUACUUUAAAAUUCUCACUGCUGGAUUUUAUUUUAUUUGUCUAUUUGUUGUCUUUAGCACUCUUGUUCUAAAUGAAUGUUUUGGUGUGACGUCUAGUUUCUUAAAAGGGAAACAUCUUGAAGGAACAUCUCCUAACAAUGGAAAUAUUAAAAAAAAAAGAAAAAGAAAUAUACUUAUUUAUAUUAUUGCAGAGAGUUUGAAGAAAAAGAUUCACACCACUUUUAUAUUUUUACGACAAAUAUCUAGCUUGAGCUAACAGCUGACUAGCUUAGCUUUGCAUGAAGACAGGAGAGAGCUAGCAGGGCUCUUUCCAUUUUUUUUUGCACUAAGCUUAUAAGCUACAUAUUUAGUGUCAUGAUAUUUAAUAAUCUUUAUUUCCCCAGAUUUUAAACUAUUCCUUUUAAAUUCUGUUUUGAACAGCAAUACUUGGUUAUUCCCAUUCAAGUGUCAAAUAUUUUGAAGUUGCAGAGCAAUCCUAAAGUAAGCUAAUAUUUUAUUCAACCAGCCGCAAUGGUUCAUCCUUUUUACAUUUCUGUCUUUGGUUUGUGUUCAGGUUCUACA